AUGGCGACAGCAUUUCUUGCUGUUGGCGUAGUGUUAAUUCUCUAUGUAGGCUAUCGCUUAUGUAAACAUUUAUUUCCACCGCCGAACAUAAGUCCUAAUGGUAAAUACAUUUUAAUAAGUAGUUGUGAUUCAGGCAUUGGCCAUGCACUAGCCAUCGAUCUUGAUAAACAGGGUUUUAAUGUAUUGGCAGGUGUUUAUGAUCCGGACAAUGAAGAACGUGUUGCUAGUCAAUUAUCAAGUCGAGCUACUGUUUUCUGUCUCGAUGUAACGCGUCAAGAAGAAAUAGAUGCUGCCUAUAAUAUGGUGACAGAAAAAACCAAUACCCUGCAUGCAUUAAUAAACAAUGCUGGAAUAUCCGCAAAUGGCUUGAUUGACUGGGUAUCCGUUGAGACUAUGCAAAAAUUAAUGGAUGUUAAUUUUUUUGGACAUGUUAAAAUGACGAAAACGUUUUUACCAUUACUAAUAUCACGACGUCACUCGCGAAUAGUAAAUAUUUGUUCAGUUGCUGGUUAUUUAGUUAAACCUGGAGCGGCAGCAUAUGCAGCGUCGAAAUUUGCAUUAGAAGCUUUUUCGGAUUGUCUACGCCGCGAAAUGCACUCGUGGGGCUUACAUGUAUGCAUUGUUGAACCAGGGUUUAUGAGAACGCCGAUUAUUGAAGGACGUGAUCGUGUAUGCCGUGAGGAAUGGUCAAAACUUGAUAGUCAGACUCGAGAUCGAUGGGGAGAAGAAUUUUUUCACGAUUUCAUACAUGGAUUAGAAAGAAGUCCUUUUGUUAUCAAUGCUGAAAAUCCUCAAAAAGUAGUGCAAGCAAUUCGUCAUUCUGUUAUGAAUAGUGUUCCACGUAUUCGUUAUCGACCAGGAUGGCAGUCGAGUCUUUUUCUUUUCCCAAUUUCUAUGCUACCGGCUUGGUUAACAGAUCUUAUUAUGAUAAAAAUGCACACUGAACAUGUUUCACCGGCUGGUCUUCUACACCAGCAUAAUUAA